UCGAGUAUAAAUGGGCCACCAGGAGGGCCCGACGCAUUAUCUCGCGAACGUUCACUCUCCGACGCAUCCUCGCUAGAACAUGAAGUCCGUGCUCGUGGCCCUGGUCGUGCUGGCGACGCUGUUGGCGGCCUCCAAGGCCGGCCCCGCGGCCGCUCAGCGCAAGCUCAAGCCCCUUGCCGAGGUCCUCAAGAGCGACCGCGCUCCGACCGCCGAGGACGCCGCCGUUGUCGCUGCCGCCGCCGUCCCAGUCGAAUCACGGAAAGUUGUCGGAUGUUACGAGCCGGGCUGCAACUACCAAUGCCAACGCUACCAGUACGCCGGAGGAUAUUGCAGCUGGGGAGAAUGUCUGUGCUGGUACUAAUAAAAGAACAAUCAAUUUAGGGUCUGAAACAGAUUAUUGGACACUCGUCCGCUUGGAGCCGGCCUCAGUCAUCCAAUCGACACCGCUACACCUGAGGCCCGUGGGGCGCCGCCUUAUAGGUAGGCAGCUUGUCGGACACCAGACCCCGCACUUUCACCAAUGCCACAUCACGUCCAAAUGUGAAGCAGGCCACUCAGCAUGACAGGGCGUUUCCGUAGUGUAGCGGUUAUCACGUGUGCUUCACACGCACAAGGUCCCCGGUUCGAUCCCGGGCGGGAACACUUUUUCGGCCACCACUAAUAGCCCCUGCGUGAAACAUCUCACGAAUACAACCCUUGUAAUCAGAGUUUUUAUUUGAUUUCUACUUCAAAAUCUUAAAAUAAAGUUGUGACCAUUU